GAAGAAGUUUUUGUGAAGAAGGGCAUCUUGACUAGUAAGCAGAAGACUUGCUGGUCAAGAGAGUACUCCAAGUUAAAGGAAUGUCUGUGCACCACGCAUUUCCCCUCCCUAACCAAAGCCCCAGUAGUUCCUCUUCCUUAGCAAGAUAAUUCCAACCAAAAAGCUUCAGCAGACAUGGCUAGAAACUACUGUGUUAGUUUCUUCCUAUUCUUUACAAAACUGGUAUCUCUCCUGCCAAGAUCUUGCCCACAGUCCACAAACCAAUCUGGUGAAGAACACCAAAUCCUCCUGGGACUCAAGAGAUAUUGGGGGAGCUCCCAUGUACUUGGCAGAUGGAACCCCACUUCUUCCAAUCACUGCAGCUGGGGAGGGAUUACAUGCACAAAUAGUGUGGUCACUGCCAUCUUCCUUCCAAACCAAACCUUUAGCAAACCAAUCCCUCCCUCUCUUUGCCACCUCAAGAACCUUAGCUACUUGGACCUCUCCUACAAUAACUUCUCCACUUCAUUCCCUACGGUAAUCUACAAUUGCUCCAAUUUGAAGUACCUGGACCUUUCCAACAAUGCCUUUGCUGGGAAACUCACAACUGACAUAAACAGUUUAUCAGCAAAGCUCGAGCAUUUCAACUUAUCAGCCAAUCGUAUUACGGGCAAAAUUCCAGCAUCCAUUGGGCAGUUUCCAAUGCUCAAGUCACUGAUUCUCGACACCAAUCAGUUUGAUGGAAGUUAUCCAGCACAGAACAUAAGCAAUAUGGCCAACCUCGAGAAGCUGACUCUAGCCGAAAAUCCAUUCCUGCCAGCUCCAGUGCCAGUUGAGUUCGGCAAGUUGACACGCCUCACAUACUUGUGGCUGUCGGGUAUGAACAUGACAGGUGAGAUCCCUGAGAGCCUGUCAAGCCUCACAGAGCUCACCUUGUUGGCUAUGUCAGGGAAUAUGCUGCAAGGCACAAUUCCGGCAUGGGUAUGGCAGCAUAAGAAGCUUCGGUACUUGUACAUGUUUACCAACAGUUUCACCGGUGAGAUUUCAUCCACUGUCACUGCUGUAAACUUGGUGGAAGUUGAUGUGUCCUCAAACAUGCUAACAGGGAAAAUACCAGAUGAUUUUGGUAAGCUCGUCAAUCUUACCUUGUUGUUUCUCUACAUGAAUCAACUGCAUGGGUUAAUACCGCCGAGCAUUGGGUUGCUACCGAAUCUCAGGGACAUACGGCUAUUCGAGAACAUGUUAUCUGGUCCUCUUCCACCACAGCUUGGUAAGCACUCGCCACUAGGUAAUCUUGAGGUCUGCAACAAUAAUCUCUCGGGCGAGCUGCCUGCCGAUCUUUGCUCGAACAGGAAGCUAUAUGGCAUCGUUGUGUUCAAUAAUAGCUUCUGUGGAAAGCUUCCAGAAUCUCUAGAUGGAUGCUACAUGCUGAACAAUUUAAUGCUGUACAAUAAUCAUUUCACUGGAGAGUUCCCCAAGAGCCUUUGGUCAGUGGUGACAAAUCUGCUAACGACAGUUAUGAUCCAAAACAACAAUUUCUCUGGCACAUUUCCUACACAGCUUCCGUGGAACUUUACGUAUCUUGAGAUCAGCAACAACAGAUUUUCUGGUCCCAUUCCAACUUUAGCAGGCAAAAUGAAAUUAUUCAAGGCAGCAAAUAACUUGCUUUCUGGCGAAAUUCCCUGGGAUUUGACGGGCAUUUCACAGGUAACAGAACUUGACCUUUCUGGGAAUCAAAUUACUGGAUCAAUACCCAUGACAAUUGGAGUGCUGAAGCUCAGGGAACUUAAUCUGAGUGGAAAUCACAUCUCUGGUACUAUACCUGCAGCAUUUGGGUUUAUGUCAGGCCUAAUCAUCCUUGACCUCUCCUCGAAUGCGCUAUCUGGCGAGAUCCCUAAAGAUAUGAAUAAGUUGACAUUGGACGUUUUAAACCUCUCCAUGAAUAACCUCAGGGGGGAAAUUCCAACAUCAUUGCAGAACGAAGCAUAUGAGCAGAGCUUUCUCUUUAAUCCAGCCCUCUGUGUCUCAUCGAAUAAUUCCAUCCAUAAUUUGCCCAUUUGCAGGGCAAGAAUGAACAAUAGCAAUGAUAUCUCCAGGAGGCUCAUAGCCCUCUUCUUUGUUCUUGCAAGUAUCAUGCUUGUGAGUUUGGCGGUUGGUGGUUUCUUGCUACUAAAGAGGCAAAAGAAUAGCCAAUAUCCUCUUUCGUGGAAGCUGGCCCAGUUCCAUUCAGUGCAUUUCACAGAGUAUGAUGUUCUUUCUGGGCUCUGUGAGCAGAACUGUAUUGGAAGUGGCAGGUCCGGCAAGGUAUACCAAGUUUGCGUUGUGGAUGGAGAAGGUUGGCGUACGAUGGUGGCUGUCAAAAAGAUAUGGAACGUGCAGAACCUUAACAAGAUGCUGGAAAAGGACUUCCUUGCAGAGGUCCAGAUACUAGGGGAGAUCCGGCACACAAAUAUUGUCAAACUGCUCUGCUGCAUCUCAAGCUCAGAGGCAAAACUUCUCGUCUACGAGUACAUGGAAAAUGGUAGCUUAGACCGGUGGCUGCAUCAGAGGGAUAGAAUUGGUUCACUCACGCCUUUGGAUUGGCCCACAAGAUUGCAAAUUGCCAUCGACUCGGCAAGAGGCCUCUGCUACAUGCACCAUGGUAGUUCACCCGCCAUAGUGCACUGUGAUGUGAAGUCUGCCAAUAUCCUUCUCGACUCUGAAUUCAGAGCAAAGAUAGCCGAUUUUGGGCUUGCUCGGAUUCUUCUCAAAGCUGGAGAUCUUGGGUCAGUUUCUGCCAUAGGUGGCACCUUUGGCUACAUGGCACCAGAGUAUGGAUAUCGGUCUAACUUGAAUGAGAAGGUCGACGUCUACAGCUUCGGAGUGGUCCUGUUGGAGCUCACAACUGGGCGGGUGGCAAAUGAUGGUGAUUUCGAGUACUGCUUGGCAGAAUGGGCAUGGAGACAAUAUCAAGAGUAUGGCCUGUCAAUUGAUCUUCUUGAUGAGGGCAUUCAAGAUCCAGCCUACAUUGAAGGCGCAUUCGCACUGUUUACCCUAGGUGUGAUAUGUACAGGGGGGCAGCCUUCACUGCGGCCAUCAAUGAAGGAUGUGCUGCACGCUCUUCUCCGAUUUGAACACAAAUCCAGAGAAAGAAGCCUGCAACAUGCUGUCUCCGAAGAAACAUCACUCCUUGAAUCCUAGAAAAACUGAAGAAGUGCAGGAUUAUCGAUAUUCCAAUGGAGUAUGAUGUAUCAUGAGAAUAUCUGGGUGCAAAUGUGUAUGUGAUUUUUGUUUCGUUUGUAACAACUAGCUGAUGCUACUUUACUAUAUUCUUUCUGUGUCUACAUAAAGCUUGUGAAUUGUACAAGAAGUAUUGCAGCCACAAACUGCUGAAUUUUC